AUGGUCUCACUUUACAAUGCGUCCAUCCCAAUGAUGCUCAAAUACCUGGGCAAUCUCAAAGUCAUCCUCACAAAAGCCGAACAGCACUGCAUCGCCAAAGGUCUCAACCAAGAAGAGAUGAUCAAGUUCAGACUCAUCGAAGAUAUGCGAAGCCUCGACUACCAAGUCCAAUCAAUCUCCAACACGGCAAAAUUCCUCGCCACCCGCGUAGCCCACGCCCCAGACACCUACUUCCCAGACGACGAAACGACCUUCCCGCAACUCCAAUCCCGCGUCGACGCCACCGUCACCAUCCUCGCCGCCCUCGACCCGGAGACCUCCAUGCCCGCCGGCCGCGAGGACGACGAGAUCCUCAUGGAGACGAAAUCCAUGGGCACCUUCCGCUUCACGGGCUACUCGUACGUCGUCCAGUACGCCUGCCCAAACUUCCACUUCCACCUCGGCUCCGCUUACUGCAUCCUCCGCCACCUUGGCGUGCCCCUGACGGCCUUUGAUUACCUCGACACGCAGCGGGACUUGUUUGCCAAGGUUGAGGGGGAGAAGAAGCCCGAGUCCGCUUCUUCUUCUCUUGCCUCAUAG